GGAAAAUUUUGGAAGACAAGAACAAAACUUUGAGUCCCAUUACAAUGAGAUCUUAGAAACACUUGCUCAAAAAUACGAAGAAAAAAUACACGCUCUAGGGGAGAAAAAGAAAGAGAAGCUGGAAGCCUUAUAUGGACAACUGGUCAGCUGUGGAGAAAACCUGGAUACCUGUAAAGAACUGAUGGAAACAAUAGAGGAGAUGUGUCAUGAAGAGAAGGUUGAUUUCAUAAAGGAUGCCGUGGCUAUGGCUGACAGGCUCAGAAAAUUCCUGGAAACAAAAACAGACGUGGAUAUCUCCACGCAGCCUGCCCUGGAAGACCAGAGCCUGGACUUCUCUGAUGUGGAGCAGCUGCUGGGCUCCAUCAACACCAUCCCAGUUCCUUCUGCCCCAGUGAUAAACCCACAGGCCCCCAACUCAGCCACGGGUUCCUCGGUCCGAGUGUGCUGGAGCUUAUACUCCGAUGACACUGUGGAGAGCUAUCAACUGUCCUACCGGCCAGUGCGGGACAGCUCACCUGGGAAGGACCAAGCAGAGUUUACAAUGACUGUCAAAGAAACAUACUGCUUAGUGAUAAACCUUGUGCCAAAUACCCAGUAUGAAUUUUGGGUCACAGCUCAGAACAGGGCUGGUGUCAGCCCCGCCAGUGAGUGUGCGGUGUACAUGACAGCGCCCUCCCCCCCCAUUAUAAAGAGCAAAGAGAUACGGAGCUGUGAGGAAGCCGCGCUGAUUUGUUGGGAGUCUGGGAACCUGAAUCCUGUGGACUCGUACACGGUGGAACUGAUCCAGGCAGAGACACCAGAAGCCUCGGGCGUAACUGAGUCUGUGGUGGGCAUCCCCACCUGCGAGGCCCUCGUGCAGCUGCAGCCCCAGCAGACCUACACAAUCUACGUGCGUGCCCUCAACGUGGGGGGCCCCAGCGCCAGGAGCGAGCCCGCCACAGUCCACACCACAGGCAGCUACUUCCGCCUGAACCAGCACACCUGCCAUCCCUGGCUGACCAUUUCUGAAGAUGGGCUGACAGCUGUACGAAGUGAGAGGAAAACCUCCGCAAGGGAGCCGCCCCCCAGAAGCACCCGCUUUUCCAGGUGUGUCGCUGUUAUGGGGACUCUUAUUCCAGUCCGUGGGCGCCAUUACUGGGAGGUGGAAGUCGACGAGCGCUUGGACUACACAGUGGGUGUGUCCUUCGAAGAUGUCCCUAAACAGGAGGACCUGGGGACAAACAGCCUGUCCUGGUGCAUGAGGCACACAUGGGCGUCACCAAGGCAUAAGUAUGAAUUUCUACACAACAAGAUGACUCCAGAUAUAAGAAUAACGGUUUCCCCAAGGAAGAUUGGCAUUCUGUUAGACUAUGAAAACUCAAAAUUGUCAUUUUUCAACGUGGACAUUUCUCAGCAUCUAUACACAUUUACUUGUCAGCUUCCCCAAUUUGUGCAUCCCUGUUUUUCUUUGGAGAAGCCUGGGUGUCUAAAGAUACACAAUGGCAUUUCAAUGCCAAAGCACGUCACUUUCUACUAGACCAUCCUGAGCCGGCUCCCCAUCUGUCUUCUGUACCUACUCCUCUGUUACCCACUCACGCCUCAGCUGCUGACCUCGGGAUUCAGGCCCCCAGCACCACUUAGGGCUCGUGUUACCUGGCAGACGGAUGUGCUGGCACUCGCUUCACCUGACCUGGGUUCUAGUACCUGUGUGACGCUGUUAUUACCAGGCCCGGCUGUAAAGUGAGGGUUCAGACUAAAUGAUCUCGAAGGUCUUUCAUGUUGUCCAGUUGUAUUAGUCCGUUUGUAUAUAUGCCAAGUAACUGAGUCUCCAAGGCCUCCAGAGCUGGGGGGAUGGAGGGGGAGGAAGGCGAGAGGAGAUACGUGUCAGUGGCUGCAGCAGCCCCGCACCCACGUGAUGUUUCAUUCGUCAGCCAGGAACAGACGUGAGAAGGCGGGAGACUGUCCCAGAAAACAAGGGAAGCCACGUGCCCUUCUCCUGCCCUGGUUUCCCAGUAGGCAGCAGCACAGUGUACUCUUUAUAGCACCCUGUUCCUCCUGCACAGUACUUACCCCCACUCUCAUUUUGAAAUGACCUCUGUGCCUAAUUCCAUGAAGGCAGGGACAGUGUCUGUCUCGUUCAUCACUCCACCCCCAAAGGCUACCUGCCACAUAAAGGUGCACACUGAGUA